AAAAGAAAAAGAAAAAGAAAAUUGUUUCUUGGAUCGUAGGAGAAGAGAGAGGGAAGAGAAGAAGCAAAGGAACUCGGUGGGUCUGUGUUCUGUCGUUUGUUUUUCGUUGAAAAUGGCGUUGCAGUGGAUGCUAUUGGCUUAUACGGUGGCAGUGGAGGCUGCCAUCGCCAUUCUGCUGACGAUUCCUUCACCGAAGCUGCUCAAGCAACGCUUCGUCUCUUUGAUUUCACUCAUUCUACAGCCUGCACUCUUCGUUGUGCCCUUCGCCGGCUUUCAGAUUCUAGAUAUCUACUGGAAGAAUGAGCACCGAUUGAUGUGUACAUCUGAGAUCUGUACAGCUGCCGAGAGAGAUCGAUAUGAGAAAUCUAUCUUUAAAGCUCAGAGGAAUGUGAUUCUGUGUGUUUGUGCAUGCCUUCUCUACUGGUGUAUCUACCGCAUUUGCAAAUACAACAAAGACAUUGAAAGUUUGGAGGAGGUAGAAAAGAGAUACAAAGACCAGUAGGUUUGAGAACAUGUGUAAUCAAUCUCCUGUUACAUGUGGGAAUGGCUUUCUCCUCACGGCUGUAUGAUUGAUACUUGAAUCUUUGUUUGUACUCGAGUAUGAGAAGUAUAAUGCUAUUAGAACACCAUAACUUUGUCGUUUUAGCAGCGUUGGUCAAAUAUUCAGCUCUAUGAUGGGUAUAAGGGGGAGAAAUCCCUAGUUUUUUCAAUUUGGAAGUGGGAUGAAAUUUAAUUUGGUUGACACGUGCAAUCAAAUUAAUGAAAUGAAUCAUGGAUUUUCUUGACC